ACGUUGGAGAAUACGUUUGAAGAGUUCAUGGCGAAGGUCGUGAACGUCUACCAUCAUCAUCGGAAGGCCCUGGUCUUCCAACAUGUGUCGGAGCUUAAUUUCGUGCAAGACGCUGCUGAGCUGGCGAAGAACUUGACUUUGCUGCGGCAACGAUCUUGGCGGCUGCAGCAGCGGAUGGAGGAGCUGAAUGAACGUGUCCAGCAGCAGGCGGAAGAGCUGUGGAGGGCUGAGGUGAUGGUCUGGGAGGUGGCCUUCUGGUGGACGUGGACAUGAAGCUGCGAGCAUGUAGGGGUUCCUGCAGGGUGGCGGUGCCAUUCAACAUCGACCAUGAUGCUUAUUGGACACUUCGGGGCGAUGCAGCUCAAUUUGACCAUCGGAGAUCGAAGCAGGCUUCACCUCCAAGAGAUAUCCCACAAAUCAAACUGCGGCCUGUGCUUGUGGGCCCGCCUCCAUCCAAAGAGUACAAGCAGAUCCCGAUCGUGCGGAGCGAACUGCUUACCCAGUUUGAGGACAUUGGACAAAAUCAGCUAUUUGUGGAAAAGUCUGAAAAUGACAAACCUCAAGAAUCCUAACACUUCCCCAACAAACACUACCUACAAUAUUAUUAUUACUAUGUAGAUUAGUUCCACGGUAACGCCUAGCCUGGCAAGCCACACCCACUAAAAACCUGGUCGCAAAACGAACCGUCCAAUCAAAUUCAUUUACUUGCUGUGACGUACGCAACGUCACAACUGCGGAAGUCCAUCCUCAUUCAAAAUGGCGCGCGGGAGAAAUGGUACUUUGUUGACACUAUUCAGCAUUAAAUCAGUUUUAACUCAUUGGAAACACAAGAAAAUUAAACCCUGAGUAGUUGACGACACUGGAAUCAUUUAUUUCAAAAGAAGACCUUUUUGUUGUUUCUUUGGCGUCACGUCCACCCUUUGCUGUUUAGGUCCUUCGAACUGGGUUUGCCCCGCCUCAUAAAUGCACUUGAAGCGACUCCCCCCCCAUCCGACCCAACCCGACAGCGUUGGAUCUGGCUUGCCAGGCUAAGUAACGCCACCAUCGAAUCUAUUCUAGGACGGCUUGACUUUUCUGUAUCGAGUAAGCCCACCCACACCAAGUCAGCGUAUGAGUAAGAUAGCACCCAAUGUUAGCAAACUUAGUUUUAAUAUUGCAGCGGUGCCAUUACGAUCAAAUGUAAAUCUUGAGUUUAAUAAAUUCCAGUAAUGAACUUUGACCAGCUUGACAUGCCACUGACCAGGGAAGUCGCCUUUGUCAUAUCUUGUUGAGGAGCUACUUACUGCACAUUUAGCUUAUUAGUCAAAUCAAUGGGUAAAGAUUUCUGGCCCCAAAGACCGGAAAUGCGCUACGAGAUCAGACACCAGAGAUAAAUGAAACAACUUUAGUCA